AUGCUGGAGGAGUGUCCGUGUUCAGAGAAUGACAAGCGGAUUCGAUUGGUUGAAAAUCGACGGCCUCCCGCUAGCAGAGUGGUUAGGAUAUUUCGUAUGGGGCAGGAUACAGUCACCGCUAGGGAGUGCUUGAAAGCCCUGGAGGAUGUAUAUGGGACAUGUGAUCAUCCUCAUUUCUGGUUACAAAAAUUCUACAGUUUGAGACAAAGGGAGAUGGAGGAAGUUUCUGUUUUUGUGCAGCGCUUAUAUGAUAUAUUGUGCAAAAUGGUGCAGAAGAAUAUAAUCACCCGAGGAGAAGUUGAAGAUAAGAUGAGGGAUCAGCUUUUAUGUAGCCUGCAUGGGGAACAGUCGGUGUCUACUGUAUUAAGGAUAAAAUACCGGCAUGGUCCUCCUCCCACUUUUGGAGAUCUUAUGCUUACGGUGAAAGAGUUGGAGGCUGAAUUACAUUAUGCGACUGCUAAUACCUCCAGAGAAGAUGGUCCUACUGCAAAAUUCCCUGUGGCACCGAUGAGAGGUGUUCGAAAAGUCGGGAAAGAAGUUUCCAGGGAACCGCGCCGGAGGCUCUUUUUGUCAGAGUCUCGGAAUGCAAUCUCUUCCCCAAAGUGUUUCCGAUGUGGACACCUGGGACACCGUGUGCAGGAGUGUCCCAUGCCUGAGGAUGGUGGACACUUACAGAGUAACGCGGGGCAACUAUCCAAGAAGCCUGGAUAUUCACCCCAGAAGAUGGGUUCUCUUUGUCUUCCAGGAGUAGGCCGACGUUGCACUUUUGAACUGGUGGUUAAUGAUGUUCCGACAACUGCUUUGUUUGAUACGGGUUCACAAUUGACCAUCAUUCACCGUCCCUUCUACCAAAGAUAUCUAAGCCAUUUACCAUUGCAGCCUGUAGGAGCUAUGCCUGUAUUUGGGGUAGGACAGCUCCCCACUUAUAUGGAUGGGAGUGUAAACGUAUUAUUGCACAUUCCUGGAGUAAUGGGGGAGCGAGAUGAACCUGUUUCAGUGACUGCAUAUGUGGGUCCUCCAUCUGGAGGUAGAGAGACCACCCCGGUGAUUUUAGGCUCCAAUGUGAACGUGGUGGAGGAGGCCUUUUUGAGUCUUUUUCAGCCAAAGGCUGCAACUACUUCAAAUGCUGUACCUGGAGUUCCGGAAGUGUCUAAGUUUUGCCAGACUUCCAACCCAGAGUUGCCGGGAGGUUGUGUAGGAAACCCGUGGCAUCCUAUGGAGAUUCCACCAGGGGGAGUCUACAGCCUUAAAGUAUAUGUGGAGAUUGUGCCUGCUACUUGUGGUAGUUUUUACUUGUUGGAAACCAACCCGGUAGACGCUGAUUUGAAUGGAUGGGAGAUAGUUCCUGAGAGGAAAGACUAUCGCUAUAGGUGCCCUCGAACAGAUGUGGUCACUGUCAAGAAUAUCACUUCUCACUCGGUGGUGAUACCUGCCUGGCGUACAGUGGCAUACUGUUAUCCCGUAGAGUGUGUAGAUUCGUGCCCUGUUCAAAUGGGGUCACCCGACGCUAAACUGGCUUUUCAUCUGGAAGAAGGUGAAGAUCCUCCAGAACAUCGAAGAAAGCUAGAAGGGCGACUAGCAUCAUACAGUGAUGUGUUCUCUGUGGAUGACAUGGACAUGGGAUGUGCUAGGCAUGCUGAACACCGAAUACGGUUGAGUGAUGCUACUCCUUUCCGAGAGAGGUCCAGGCGGAUUCCUCCUAGAGAUUUAGAGGAUGUUCGGAAUUAUCUAAAUAUGUUGCAGGAUCAGAAGAUAAUUGUAGAAUCUUGCAGUCCCUAUGCCUCUCCAAUUGUGAUAGUAUGGAAGAAGAAUGGCAGUGUUCGGCUGUGUGUGGAUUAUCGAACCCUUAACCGAUGCACUAUACCCGAUCAGUAUACAUUACCUCGUAUUGAUGAGGCGCUUGAUGCAUUACAUGGCAGUGCUUGGUUUUCGGUGAUGGAUUUGAGGUCGGGGUAUUAUCAAAUUCCCAUGGACCCUGAGGAUCAAGAAAAGACUGCUUUUAUUUGCCCGUUAGGGUUUUAUCAAUUCACUCGAAUGCCUCAAGGCAUAAGUGGGGCACCUGCCACAUUCCAGCGCCUUAUGGAAAAGGUGUUGGGAGAUUUAACUCCUCGACACUGUAUAGUGUAUUUGGAUGACAUUAUAGUGUUUGGGUCUAUCUUGGAGGAACAUGAUAUUAGACUAUUUAAUGUGUUGGAGCGUCUCCGACAGGGAGGCUUAAAGCUCUCCCUGGACAAGUACAAGUUUGCUUGGAAGUCUGUACGGUUUAUAGGAGACAUAGUGUCUGCAGAUGGAGUUGCUACGGAUCCUGAAAAAGUAGCUGCUGUGCUAAAUUGGCCUAAACCCAGCAACGUGACUGAAUUGAGAUUGUUCUUGGGGUUUUGUGGAUAUUAUCGGCGGUUUGUGGAAGGAUAUUCUAAAAUUGCUCAUCCUCUGAAUGGACUGUUGAAAGGUAGUAAUACUAAAGAGAGAUCUUCGGUGGCCUCCCAGUUUCAAAACAAUUGGUCUCUGGAAUGCGAAGAAGCUUUCCAGACUUUGAAGUAAAAGCUCACUGAAGCUCCUGUGCUGGCCUAUGCUGAUCCACAGAAACCUUAUGUUUUGCAUGUAGACGCAAGCUAUGAAGGUUUAGGGGGAAUACUCCACCAGGAAUAUCCUGAAGGUUUGAAACC